AGGGAGAGGUUGGGGAGAUGGAUCCGAAAGACUCAGAAACCGCUAGGGACUUUCACCGGGGACCCCGGCAGGGCCCAGGAAGGGCAGGUGCGGAUGCAGAGGGGGCGCCGCACGCCUAAGCCCGCAGACUGAAUGACCGAUCACUCCCGCUUGGCCGUCCGCGGGCGCGCCUGUCUAGGGCACUGCAGGAAAGCCUCGGAGAGCCAGGGGGUGCCAGGGCCCAGACCACUCCUGGAGGGCCCGCCCGAAGCGCUGGAGUCCGUGGGCGCCGCCCGCCUCCGCCCGCAGGCAGAGUUGGGGGCAGGCUUGUCCCACCGACCCCGCAGGAUUGGCCCCGCCCCGGGGCCGCGGGGAGGCCCCACCAUGGGAGGCGGAGUUGCCGCCGCCCCCUCCAACCCCCUGGACUGCGGCGCCUUCUUAAGCCCGUGAAGCUACAAGCUGCCCCUCUCUCGCCUCUACCGCCAGGCUCCCUCUCCGCGAUGGCCUCCGCACUGAGCUAUGUCUCCAAGUUCAAGUCCUUCGUGAUCUUGUUCGUCACCCCGAUUCUGCUGCUGCCACUCAUCAUUCUGAUGCCCGCCAAGUUUGUCAGGUGUGCCUAUGUCAUCAUCCUCAUGGCGAUUUACUGGUGCACAGAAGUCAUCCCUCUGGCUGUCACUGCCCUCAUGCCUGCCUUGUUUUUCCCACUCUUCAAGAUUCUGGACUCCAAACAGGUGUGCGUCCAGUACAUGAAGGACACCAACAUGCUGUUCCUGGGCGGCCUCAUCGUGGCUGUGGCUGUGGAGCACUGGAACCUGCAUAAGAGGAUCGCCCUGCGCACGCUCCUCUGGGUGGGGGCCAAGCCUGCCCAGCUGAUGCUGGGCUUCAUGGGCGUCACGGCCUUCCUCUCCAUGUGGAUCAGCAACACGGCCGCCACGGCCAUGAUGGUGCCCCUUGUGGAGGCCGUGCUGCGGCAGAUGGAGGCCACGAGCGCAGCCACCGAGGCCAGCCUCGGGGCUCUGGAGCUGACAGACAAGGGCAAGGCCGGCGAGCUGCCAGGGAGCCAAGUGCAUUUUGAAGGUCCCUCCAUGAGGCAGCGGGAGGUCGACAGGAAGAACAUAUGCAAGGCCAUGACCCUGUGCGUGUGCUACGCAGCCAGCAUCGGAGGCACUGCCACCCUGACCGGCACGGGACCCAACGUGGUGCUCCUGGGCCAGAUGCAAGAAUUGUUUCCUGACAGCAAAGACGUCGUGAACUUCGCCUCUUGGUUUGGAUUUGCCUUCCCUAAUAUGCUGAUCAUGCUGCUGCUCUCCUGGCUGUGGCUCCGGUUUAUUUACAUGAGAUUCAAUAUUAAAGAGUCCUGGGGCUGCGGGCUGGAGAAGAAGAGUGAGGAGAAGGCUGCCCGCGAGGUGCUGUGGGCGGAGUACAGGAAGCUGGGGCCCCUCUCCUUCGCUGAGGUCAACGUCCUUCUCUGCUUCUUCCUGCUGGUCGGCCUGUGGUUCUCCCGGGACCCCGGCUUCAUGCCCGGCUGGCUGUCAAUCGCCUGGGUGGAGGGCAAGACAAAGUAUGCCUCCGAUGCCACAGUGGCCAUCUUUGUGGCCAUCUUGCUAUUCAUUGUGCCUUCGCAGAAGCCCAAGUUCAACUUCUGCAGCCAGACUGAGGAAGAAAGGAAAACACCAUUUUAUCCGCCUCCGCUGCUGAACUGGAAGGUGGCCCAGGAGAAAGUACCCUGGGGCAUCGUGCUGCUCCUGGGGGGUGGCUUUGCUCUGGCUAAAGGAUGCGAGGCCUCGGGGCUGUCAGAAUGGAUGGGGAAGCAGAUGGAGCCCUUGCAUGCCGUGUCCCCGGCAGCCAUCACCUUGAUCUUGUCCACACUCAUUGCUGUGCUCACUGAAUGCACAAGCAACGUGGCUACCACCACCCUGUUCCUGCCCAUCUUUGCCUCCAUGUACCAACCUCAAGGUGGUACAGAAAAAGCCCUAGGUUCGGAGUCAGAAGACCUGAGUCCAAGUUGUGGGAUCCUCAAACCCGUCACUCAAGUUCUUUCCCCUUCUCUUGUGCUGAGGGUCAAGUAGGAUGAGGGCUAUGAAAACCCUCUGUAGAUGCAAAACGAGCCAGGGAGAGGCUGAGGCUGUCAUUCUGGAGUUGGGAGGACAGACUUACAAAGGCCUCAACACAGGAUUGAAGUUGGUAACUUUUCAUUCAGUUGCCAGGGUGUCCACGUGUAUAAAAAGCAAACCCAAGUGAUUUUCUCCUUUUAUUCCAAGUGAAGAUGGAAGUGUUAGAAAGAGCAAGGUGGCCCAUCUCCCCCUCCCCUAAGCAGGCUGCCCAGGGCGAAAAGAUGCCGAGGAGCGUCUUCUGAUGCUGGUCGUGCCGUAGCGAGGACUCCUUCCCCUAGCAGAGGCCUGGCUUUGUCACCUCCAGAUGCUAGUCAAAUGGGGGUCUUCACCUGAGUGGGUGGCCAGGCCCUUCGAAAACAAGCUUUUCUAGAAUCCGAAGCCCCGAGUUAGAUUCCACACAGACCUCACGCUCCUGCCUCAGCACCCACCUGCAGGCAAGGGGAAGGUGGUGACCCCCAGCUGGGUCACAGAAGCACAUGGGGUGCACACACCAUGGGGAAACCAGGAAGCAGACUGGUUCCUCUCAGUUACUCCUAGAGGGAGUGCAACUGGCGCAGCCUUUUCAGAGACCUGUUUACCCACGGGAACCAUAACCUGAAACCCGCUCAUACCCUUUGACUCUGGGAAUCUUUUUUUUUUUUUCCAAUAAAAAAAUAUUUAUUUUUUCCUAUGGUUUAGAAUAUAUCAAUACAGUGAUACAUGUAAAUAUGUUAUAAUAAAAACCCCUAUAUUAAAAGUAUAUGCUAAAAUACUUUCCUGAUAGUGGUGAAAAUAAAGAAAAUUGGAGGCCACUGGUAAAAAAAAUAUUAUGUACAUAUUUAUAUUUUGUGCAUAGAAAGGUUUAAAAUACAAGGUUUGUGAAAAUAAAACGACAAGGAUUUAAAAAAACCCAACUGCUAAGAGAUUACACCAGACUCUGGGAAUUUUAUGUCCAGGAAUCUGUCUUAGGAAAAUCAUCAGAGAUGCCUACAAGCUUAUAUUAUAAAGAUGCACAUCAAAGAAUUAUUUGUUAUAAAAAUACUUCCAUAAUAGCAGGGGACUGAUGAAAUAAGUUAUCAUAUAUUCAUACAAUGUAAUACUAUCAAGCCAUUAAAAAAAAAAAAAUCAGUCCUGAAGGGUAGCUCAUAAAAUGGGAACACAUAAUUUUUCAAAGCUGAAAAUGUGAUACAUACACAUAGCCAGAAAACGUCUAAUAAUACCAAAGAGUAUACAGACCCUUACGCUCUAGCUUCCUCCCUAAAGACAAUUCCUGUUAUUAAUUCCUUAGGUAUCUUUCUGGACGUAUUACACAUGCACACACAGACACACACACUCUCCUUUUAAACAAAUGGCAUUAUUCCGUGGUCCUGUUCUGCACCUUAUUAAAUCUAAUCAUAUAUCAUGGAGAUCCUUCCAUUGUUAGCACAUAAAACCUACUCAAUUCUUCUUUUCAGCUGCAAACUAUUCCAUUGUUUGUAUAUAUGUAUUUUAUUUGACCGUCCUGCUAUUGAUGGCCAUUGAGUCUGUUUCCUGUGUGUUUUGCUGUUACAAUAUUGCACUGAACAUCUCUGCAUAUGUGUCUGCUCUCAUGUGCAAGUAGAUCUGCAUGAUAGAUUAUUAAUUUUGAUAUUGACAGACAUUACAAAUUAUUAUAUCAUUCAUUCAUUCAACAGAUAUUUAUGAGCAUCUGUCUACUCUGUGCUAGAUGUGGCUGAAUUUUAAGCUUUAAACAGAUGGAUACCAAAUUCCAUACACAAAAUGAUCCCAAAUGUGUAUAAAAACACACACAUACAGAGGCACACACACAGGUGAGAGAUGUGGUCCCUGCCCUCUAGGCCCUCUCUGUGUCAGGACAGACAGACAUGUGCACACAUGGCCUGGAGGAGUGCCCAGCAUGGUCUCUGGCACAUAGUAGGUGCCCAAGAAGUAGAUGUUGAGUGAAUUGAGGGGCUUCAGAAAGGCUUCCCGGUAAGUUUAGCCUUCAGGGUCCAGCAGAGUUAUCAUCCAGAUGUGGCAAAGGGUAGAGGGGCCAGCAGGACAGAGGCACAGAGGUGGGAAUGUACACAGUACAUUAGGGAAAAGCUUUUCAGAGUGACGGCCCCCAGGAGCUUCUGUUUUCUGCAUCUGUGACGUUGUAGUGCUGUGUUUUU